GGGCCGUUUUCUGUAGUCUGGUACGAACACCUUUCUGGCUCGGUGAUAAGGUUCAAUUUGGUAUGGCAAAAAAAGUCAUUGCGCUCUCCACUUUAAUAUAAACCUUCAAGGUUCGUACGUAUCGACCUAUGUUCGCUGUCAGGGCUGUGCUGUGAGGGCUGUCAGUCAGCAACUCAGCACAACCCUAUCCAUUGUCAAAGUCAAACACGUCAUAAUCAUAAAGCCACUUUCAUUCAAAAUUUCGUUUCUUAGGAAAAGGAAUCACAAGCCUUGGAACGGAGUAUAAAAGUGACCGUCAUUCGAAUUUUCUUUAUAUAAAAUAUUCCACGAGUAAAUUAAUAAUAAUGGCCCUAGUAGAGAACAAAAAGAUCCUUGAAUUUCUAGAACUCGUCGGUCGUUUGAAGCAUGUGAAAAGAACUGGCUGGGUGCUGUGUGAUAUCGACGAUUGCGAGUCCAUCGCUGGUCACAUGUAUCGCAUGGGCAUGAUGACUUUCCUGCUUACUGAAGAGAACAACCCAACUAAAUUGGACCGCUUCAGGUGCCUUCAAAUAGCUCUCGUCCAUGACUUGGCCGAGUGUAUAGUCGGAGAUAUCACACCCCAUUGCGGAGUCUCCCCCGAGGAGAAGCACAGGCAGGAAGAUGAGGCUAUGAAGAAAAUCGCAGAGCUCACUGGCUUUGCUGGCGACAGGAUGUAUGAGCUUUACAAGGAAUAUGAAAAUCAAUCCUCACCCGAAGCAAAUUUCGCGAAAGAUUUAGACAGGUACGAUAUGAUCUUACAAGCUUUCGAAUAUGAGAAACGUGAGAACGCUCCCAAGAAACUACAAGAGUUCUUCACAGCGACAGAAGGAAAGUUCUACCAUCCGUUUAUCAGGGACUUGGUAACGGAAUUGUACAGGCAAAGAGAGGAAUUCGAAAAUAAAUUUGUGGUGAAUGGUACCACAUAACUCAUAUUUAUCAAUUCUCUAGUAUUUUUAAGUUAUAAGCCAUAAUUAUAAUCGGCUUGUGAAGCGCAAGAAUGUA